GGUUAUCCCCAAGAUUUUCAGCAAGAAAUAUUAACUUUUUCGUCUGCUGUACAUAUUGUCCUCAUUUUAUAAUUUAAGUAUAAUGAAUACACCGGUGCAAAGUAUUAGGGUUUUAUGUCGUUCAGGGAAUAUUACUGGGAUAGGAAAAACUAUAAAUCCCUUGUCAAAAUCAGUUAAAGAGUGGAAGUGUAACGUGAAAGCUUUCUCCAGAAGCUCUCGUCUGUCUUGGACGAACUGUACUACGUCUACAGUAUCUACAGCCAGGAAAUCAGUUCAUCAUACACCAGUUGUCUGUCAAAAGCGAAAUUAUUCUGUAAAUGCCACUGAUAACUUGGAUAUUUUAUUGGAUCCAAACAAAAGUCAAGGAAAGAAUGUGGACAACGAAGCUUUAUUUCAGUCAGUUAUGAGGAAGGUUCCCCAAGCAGUUGUGAUUGUAACUUCUGCCAAAGAAAAUAAAGAAACUGGUGGCUGGACGAAACGAGGAAUAACAUGUAGUUCAUUUACCAGUGUUUCGUUUAAACCACCUAUGUUAUCAUUUUGUAUUCACAGACAUAGUCGUAUGCAUGGUUUACUACAGGAAACAGAAAAGUUUGCUGUACAUGUAUUAGCUCAAGAUCAGAUACGACAGAGUUUACACUUUGCUAAAUCCUGGGAGGAAGAAUCUUGUCCGUUUGAUACGAUACCACAUGUACAAAAUGAAGAGGGUCUGCCUAUUAUUAUGGGAUCAGUAGCUGUAUUACUGUGUGAUACUCAUUCUAUUCAUACUGUAGGUGAUCAUCAUGUUUAUUAUGGUAAUUUAAAACAUGGCAGUGUAUCACAUAGUCUUCAGGAUCCACUUUUAUACUUUGUAAGGUCAUUUAGGUCGAUAGGUGAUCAAGUAUUUCUCCAAGCAUUUGAAGAUACAACAUUGCCAUUUGAAGAAUGGACACAUGAAGCCCAUCUACGAAUGGCAUGGAAUUAUAUAAAACAAUAUGGAAAAGAUAAAGCAACACAAUACAUCAAAUUAGGAAUACAGAAGUUUAAUGAAAAGAAUUUAGACAAGAUUAAAACUGGUUACCAUGAAACUAUAACAAUGUUCUUUAUACACCUGGUAACAGAUGCUAUUAAUUCUAAAGAUAUGACAUUUGAAGAAUUUAUACAUAAAAAUCCUCAUCUUCAAGACAAUAGUUUAUUAUUUACAUAUUAUAGUAAAGAAGUAUUAUCUAGUGAAGCUGCUCGACAUAGAUUUAUACAGCCAGACAAAAAAUCCCUACCAUGAAGCCGAUAGAACAAUUUUUAUAUAAUAAUUUAUUUAUGUUGUCUUAAAUGAUGGUAUUCCAUUAUUUUACCUCUUACCAUAAUUAAUGAUACAAUAUGUAAGAGCUAAAUCUGCCUAUUGCAGGUCUCUUUUCUUUCUUCAAAUAUUACAUAAAUUAUUAUUUACACUUGAAACAUUUUCAACAUGACAAAUCCGUAAUCAACUCUCUGGGCCAUCGGAUUAGAACACUGUGGCCAUUUUAGAGUUUAACGAAAAAAUAAAAGAUGAGCACAAUAAAAGAUACACGCUACAUUUUGUCAAACAUUUAUUAACUUCCCACAGAAUAAGCAGUUUGACAGAAAUUUUCAAUAUCUUCAUUUUUUAUUAUCUAUUUUUGAACAGUUAUAGCAAUAACGGCCAUUACUUUAUUUAAUUCUUACAUAAUGCAUCUUUGUAUGUAGGUAUUUUAUUAUUUUACUUCUCAGUCUAGAAAUCAAUUAUUUUGUCAGUCUAGAAAAACAAUUAUUUUGUCCGUAGAAGCAUUUGUUUUUUUAAUAAAAGUUUUUGUUUACAAAUGU